UAUCAAUCAUAACGAUUAUUUUCCUCUUUGGAAUGGCAUAAAAGAAGAGAGAAAUAAUAGGAGAAGCACUUUGAUCUGAGACACGAAGAAGAAGGAAUACAAGACUCUUAACCACAGGAAACCCAACCAAGAAAUACUGAAUCAUGAAGACUCUGAUGCUCUUGGCAGCAAUUUGCCUUGUUCUCUGUGUUGUACUGCCCCAAAACGACGCGUAUUGCAUCAGGUAUCGUAGUACAUCUUGUGGCUUGACCUACAUCAGUGGAUGCGGAUGGUAUCGCAUAUGUGUAGCUUACUACAAUACGAAUUGCUAUACCAAGAGAGACGAGAUUGAGAAUGACAAGGCUACAAAUAAGAAAGGACCAGGAAAGGCCAUCCUCGAAGACAUGCCCUGCAAGUUCUCUACCUAUGACAAGAACGAUGACGGAAGCAUCACCUUCGAUGAGUUCCGAUCAACCCUCGCAGAUGUGCACGGUAUCAAGCAGAUUAUGAAAGCCUUCAGAGGCAGUGACACAAAUGGAGAUGGCGUUAUCAAGUGUAACGAGUUCAAGAAGAGUGAAUGGGGUUGCUCUCAUAAGCAUGUUUGCUAGUAAAACCGCUGACCAGAGCAGGGGAAUUCAGUAUGUCCAAAGAAUGCAUUUGUUCAACAGUAAUGAUAAUAAAAAUUGUAAAGCGGGCUAACAAAAUAAGAUUCAAAUAAACUGAUUAAAUAAAAGCAUA